UUGUUGGGGCGACAGAAAGUUAAAAAAUACCACUUUCUUUAAAAAAACAUGAAUAUAUGGAAGAUUGACCCUUAAGGAGGGAUUAAAAGACUAAGUUACCCUAGGGAUAACAGCGUAAUCUUUUUGGAGAGUUCUUAUCGAUAAAAAGGUUUGCGACCUCGAUGUUGGAUUAAGAAAUUAGCAAGGUGCAGAAGUUUUGUUGGAAAGUCUGUCCAGCUUUUGAUUUCUUACAUGAUCUGAGUUCAGACCGGCGUAAGCCAGGUUGGUUUCUAUCCUCACAUUUUGUGGUCUAGUUUUAGUACGAAAGAAUUAAGAUGGGGGGAAAUUUCUUAAAAAAAAAGAAACAAAAUAAACUUUAAAAAAUAAUGUCAGUCUGACAGACAAUGUAUUAGACUUAGGAUCUACUUAUGUAGAUGAUAGCCCUACUGCUGAUUAAAAUGAUUCAGGUGACUCUUUUCUUAGUUGUUGUGGUGUGUGUGCUCGUAGGGGUAGCGUUUUUCAAUUUAUUUGAGCUUAAGUUACAAGGGUAUAUUCAGUUGCGUAAAAGACUUAAUAAGGUAGGUAUCGGGGGGAUUCUUCAGCCUUUUUCUGACGCAAUUAAGUUAUUUUCAAAGGGGUAUAUCUCUCCCUCCACCUCUAACUAUUCGGCUUUUUUAAUUGCCCCUUGUUUUAGUUUAGGGUUGUCACUUCUUAUAUGGCUAAGAAUCCCCUUUUUUAAUUUACUUUCUUUUAAUAAGAGUGUCCUUUUUUUCUUGUGUGGGUUAGGUGUCGGUGUUUAUGGACUUCUGGCUGCAGGUUGAAGAUCUAAUUCUAAGUACUCACUUAUUGGUUGUUUGCCAGGGGUAGAACAAACUGUUUCUUAUGAGGUAAGAUUAGUUUUAAUUGUAUUUACUCCUCUAGUAGUGACUUUGUGUUACGAGUUAGGCAGCUUCUCUUCUUUUCAAGAAAAUUUUUGGUUUAUUUUUAUUUUUCCUGCGGCAGGAUUAAUUUGGCUUAUUUCUUGUCUGGCUGAAACUAAUCGUACUCCAUUUGAUUUCGUCGAGAGGGAGUCUGAGCUUGUAUCGGGUUAUAACACGGAGUAUAGAAGUGGGGAGUUCACUUUGGUCAUACUAGCGGAGUACACUAGGAUCCUAUUCAUAUCUUUCUUGUUUAGUGUUUUUUUUUUG